GAUAUGUUAUACCUGUGUAUGAUAUCGACUUCUGUGACGUAUUAACAACACAUGAUAUUGUCUUUUUACUGUGAGACAAUGACGGUUAUUAUGUUGAGAUUUACAGUAGUUCUGACCUGUUAAAACAUGGACGUUAUCCAUGUGCGGGCAUUUAAAUGCAGAGAUCCAUAUAUUGAUUAUAUACAAAUUUCGAAACGAUCAAAAAGCAUUUUAGUCCGCCAUUUCUGUGAAUAGUAAUUCCAUGUGUGUAAGCUAGUUUUGACCUCUGAGAGGCAUGGUCAGCUGUGUUAGAAUCUUGUCCGUGUCUGCUUUCGACUUGGAGGUGUGAAAUUAUAUGGAUCUAUUUAUCUGACAUGGAGGUUGGACUAAGGGCGAAGGCAUUAAUCGGAUAUUUUCACAGGACCGUGUACAGGGAGAAAGCUGGAGCCCAGAUGACAGAGGAGGAUGACGAACAGGAGAAAGCCGUGGCUUUUCUGGCGUUAUUGAAAAAGGACGAGGAAGCCUUGGAAACAGAAGUCAAAAAACUUGUGAAAUCCAACAAAGACCUUGCUAAAAGUGUUUUUAGUGUAGAAAUAGACGGAUGGACCUUAUUUCACGCAUGUGCCUUAAGGGGAUGUCGAAAAUUACUCAAGUACGCCAUCAGGUCGGGCGUCGAUGUAAAUCUCAAAAUGGGAGAACCGGAAGGUGUACCCGGUGGAUGUAGUGCUUUACACAUGGCGGCACACAGAGGUGACGUCAGUGUGAUUGAGAUUCUCACCAGUUCCAGGGCGGACCUGGACCUAAAAGACAAUACAGGGAAAACCCCCGUGUUUUACGCAUCUCGUGCCCAUAACUCUUUAGCUGUGAAAACUCUCAGGAAGCUAGGGGCAGACAUGUCUAGCUGUGAUAUUGGUGCUUUGAAAACCGAAGAUUCGGGAAGAUCGCAACUCAGUAACUUCCGGUUUCUCCCAUUUCCGGGAUGUUCUGGGUCCAGGCGGUGAUCCAUUUUUUAAAAAUUCCGUCCAUAAAUCAGAUUCUCGUGGUGUUCAAACGUCCAUUGUUCACAUUGUGAAACAUUUAUCUAAAAAUGAUAUUUUUUUUACCGAUUUAUAGACGUGCCUUUCAGUAACUCUAUUUUGUUAAGUGAGUUUCAAGAUAUUUAUACUCUACAUUACUAUCUUUUACUCAUUUUCAUGUUCAUACUGUUUAUAUAAUUUAACAAAUCCCAAGGAAAACCGUUUCUAAGAAACAAUCACAUUUGAAUAUUGUGUAAAACAACACAACUUCAGCAAUAGUUCCAAAACUUGGGCACCAAGUCUUAACAGAGGAACUUGUUUCAUAAUCAUGUAUUAAAACAAAGAAAUGCA